ACGAACACCAAGCAGAAGCAACGGGGGCUGGUUGCCCAGCUGGAAGACACAGUGUUCUGUUCCUCAGGGACAGGCUGAGGGGAGGCCUGUCUGCGGGAUGGCGCAGGGUGGCAUAAAGCUCCAGGGGAUUUCCCUGCCCUUGGCGAAGAGGCCCAGUUCUUCCCCUUCCUCGGACAUCCCCGGGGGUUCUAAGGGCAGGUCAAGACAAGCAGAAGCCUCAAAAGCUCGGCUGAGGCGGCUACAGCUUCCUGCUGCCUCUUGGCCGUCGCCAUCAGUGCAGGGAUGCCGGAGGAAGGCCGCCUUGGCCCCUGGGCGCGGCGGAGCUGGACCAUGUUGCUGCGUCUCGGCCAGCAGCUGCUGCCGCCGGCGCUGCUGGGGCUCACGGUCGCGGCGAUUUACUGUUUCUUCUACUGUGGCCUCUGUAAGCAGCCGCAGGAGCGAUCUGAGACGCACAUAGCUGAGUUACAACUGAAUAUCACAGGUUCUUGGAAGGGCCCCACACUGCACUGGGAAGCCGGGCCGGCCUUGGGGAGAUCCUUCAUCCACGGGCCAGGGCUAGAGAAAGGGCAGCUUCUUAUCCAUCGCGAAGGCAUCUACCGGCUGCAUGUCCAAGUGACACUGGCCAACUGCUCUAGCACAUGCAGCGCCAAGCAGCACGGGGUCACCCUGGCUGUGGGCAUCUGCUCCCCCACAGCGCACAGUGUCAGCUUGCUGCGCCGGAACUUCCAGCAGGACUGCACCGUGGCCUUGCAGCGCCUAACCCGCCUGGCCCGCGGAGACGUCCUCUGCACCAACCUCAGCCUGCCUCUGCGGCCAUCCCUCAACGCUGACGAGACUUUCUUCGGCGUUCAGUGGGUAUACCCUUGACCACAGCUGCUGGAUGGCUUGUUUCACUCUGUUAAGAGUAAUUUUAUUUGCACAUAUUUAAAAAUGUAUAGAACACAGAUGUGUCCUUCCCUCUCUCCCUGUGUGGUUCCCCCCCCCACUCCUCCCCAUUAGGACAAGCUGCUUCUGAGAAGCUUAUUUAACACUUCCAAGCUGACCUGACCCCCAAGUUCCUCCAGCAUCCCUACCCUUCCUUACCCUGACUUCUACCCUGAACUUUCCAGCCCAAGGGCUACCCACCCCCACCCCCACCCGCCCGAACUCAGAGGCUCACUACAUAAUUCAAACACUUUGCUCCCCUUCUUCCCCCUCCUCCCUGCAAAUAAACCUUCCUUUUUUA